AAUCGGGCGCUCCCGUUGCCGGGGAUGGCGGCGGCGCAGCCCGGCGGGAGGGAGGCGCCAUGUUGAGGCCCACAGCGGAGGUUGCCCAAAGCAAGAAAUCUGAUGUUUCCAGAACUGUGCUGUGCUGUAGAAAUAGCCACAUCUUUUGACAGAAGGUUUAAAAAUGUCUGACCAGAAAAAUAUUGUACACAGAGCCCAUUGUAUUGAGAAGCUACUGUCCGAGAACAAUUUCCAAGAGGUUGAGCAUCAUCUUAAAGAGCUGGAAGAUGUUGGCAUGACUGUAGGAUAUCUUCAGGGGACAGAUGUUGCCAAAGCUGUAUACCUAGUACUCAAGAACUGCCCUUCAGUAAAGGUGAAAAAGAAAGCAAAGCAGUUAUUAUCCAGGUGGAAAGCUCUUUACAAGCAUAACUGUGCUCAGUCAAUGCAAAUUAAAAAGUCAGACUCUGUGUAUGUGAAAGAAGAAAUUGAGCACCUCAGUGUGGUUCCUAGAGAGCAGUCACUGUCUGAAGGACUGUGUCAUCAGGAGGCACUAGUUGGUACUAGUCCUAAAAUUUUGGGCCCAUUGCAAACUGUUAAAAAUGUGGUGCAUGAGGCAGAAGACAGCACGAAUCAACUUUCUUCUUUGGAGGAACAGCACACUGAUAAUGAAGAUUCUAAACCUCUGGUUAGUGAAGCAAGUGUACAGCAGGAUCCGAUGAGAGCUCUGAGGUGUAAAUGCACAGAUCUUCUUUAUAAAGCUUUGACUGGUUCUGUGAAAGAUGAACAAGAAACCCCUAGGUGGCUAGAGCUAGCUAAAGAAAUUGAAGAACAUAUUUUUGCUCUUCAUGCUAAAAAUGACAAAAAGUAUAAAAACUGUGUCAGAAGUAAAAUCUCUAACCUGAAGAACCCUAGAAGUUGUCACUUAAAACAUAACCUUUUUUCAGGGACUCUGAGUCCAAAGGCUUUUGCUGAGAUGACAGUGAUGGAAAUGGCCAGCAAGGAACUGAAAGAGCUCAGGGCUCUGUACACAGACUCAUCUAUUCGGGAACAUCAGCUUCCACAAAUAAUUAAUGGCACACAGACAAACAAAAUAAAGUGUAGGCGCUGUGAAAAAUUUGACUGCAGCGUCACUAUGAUUGCCAGAGGAACUCUCUUUCUUCCAGGUUGGGUGCGGAACACGAAUCCAGAUGAACAAAUGUUGACUUACGUUAUUUGUAAUCACUGUGGGGAGCAGUGGUAUCACAGCAGAUGGAUUUGUUUCUAAUGCUCUCCUUCUUUAAUAAGUGGUUUAGAAGAAUAGGUAUGAGAAGGCAUUUCUGUUGAAACUGUAUAAUUAAAAAUUUUCUACUGUGAUUCUGUAGAUGCUGCCACUAAAAUACAAAAUCAGUUUUAAAAAUUGCUGUGUUGCUUUUGAAGAUGAAUAAAUAUCUAUUUUAAAGUAAUGUCAAUAUGUAAAGAGAAUAAAUAUAUAUUUUAAUGUCAAUAUGUAAAGAAAUAAAAG